AUGAUUCCGUCGCUCAAGGACGACUGCGAUGAGUGCGUUCCGGAUUACAUGGCUCACCGAGAGCCGAUGUCCAUGGCCAUAUCAGCACUUCCGUUUAUACUGACGUUCUUGGUCGUCGCGUUUGUGGUAUCAACCCGGCUGUUCCCAAUCCUAUCCGGCCACGCGGAGCGCAAGGCGCACCAUGACAACGCGCAUCUACCAGGUGUCGUCUCGCGCGAGAGACCUUCCAUAUUCAAGAGUCUGCGGCCCAAUGCACGAUCACUCGCUAGCGUGAUCUUCUCGACAAAUAUCGCCCUCUCCACAGUCCUGGCUGAACUCAUCCUCUGCGAGAUAUCGAACACCGUCAAUCGUGCAACACGAACUCUCGCCCUCAAGAUCACACUGCCGUUGCUCCUCUUCCUUCUCAUUAUCGCCACACCUGCGCUUGAGAUACACUCGGUUGUGUCGGGAACUGGACUUGAUGUUGGCGGAGCACGAAGGGGACAGCGGAGGUUAGCCUGGGUUCUGGAACUCUGUGGGCUGGCAGCAUGGUUGGCGGGAUUUUGGUAUAUUGGGAGGGGGAUCCUGGGAUCAUAUUUGCAUCAGAACUUGGAUGUGCAUCGGCACACGUUCAGCGAGGGUUGCUUGGAGAGAAUUGGUGUGAUUGGGAUUAGCCUCAUGGCUUCGCUUGCUGGGUUUGCGGCUAUCUCGUCUUUGUGGCAGACGUUUGGGGUGAAGUACCGGCAGGUGUCGGAAUCAGACAUUUCUCGAAAGCAGGCUGGCCUGUAUGCGACAAACGACAUGCUUCUGGCCAAGGAGAGCCGACUUCGCGCAGUCGAACGAAAGCUCUCCGACAACCCACAAGAAGGCUUCAUGACCCGUGUGGUCGGUACCAUCAGAGGGAACCCGGACGUCCAAGAGCGAAACACACUUCAGUUGGAGAUACAGGGCCUCGAGGCUAUGCGCCAUACACUUCAGAACUCUCUCACCGUCCUCCAUAGUCGUCGACAAGGCCAGCUUCGCUCGAACACUGCAUACGGCCGCUUUCUCAACAUGUGCUCGUUCGUCUUCGCACUCUACUGCGCGUACCGUAUCGCAGCCACCACACUUACAACUCUCCGCCGCUUCUCUUCGCCAAAUACCAGUUUCUCCAACAGUGACCCGAUCAAUAACUUCCUUGCUCUCUUCGCAAAGCACUGGGAUCCCACUAUCGAUCGCGUAGCCUGGAGCCGAACAAUCUCCUUCCUGCUCUCAGGCGUCAUGCUGCUUCUUUCCUUCAACAGCGUGCUACAGACCUUCUACCUUUUCGCGCGCGCGUUUCCAUCUAUUCUCAACUACACCAAGUCCAACUUCGCACUACUCAUCUCGCAGAUAGCGGCGACGUAUGUUAUCAGCUCGGCCCUGCUGCUGAGGAGUAACUUGCCCGUCGAGAUGAAGGGGAAGAUUGGCGAUGCAUUGGGCGCUCCACUGGAGCCAGGGUUCACCGAGAGGUGGUUCGAGGGGUGGUUCUUGCUGGCUAGUGCAGCCACAGGCGUGGGGCUUUGGGCCGGGAGAAGGUUCAAGAGCAGUGGGUGGGAAGAUGACGAGGACGUGGGCGAGGGGGAUAUGUCUGCCCCCAACCAAGGCCGCGAGUCCCCCGAGCCCGAGCGCCAGUCGGAAGCGCAGUCGGGCGCGACGUCGACGGACACGAACGACCAGGGCGGCGCGCCCAAGCAGGGCAACGCCCAGGAGAACAGCGAUGACACCAAGAACUCGCUGCCUAGCAACCCUGAGCAUGUCCUUGCGAAGCACUCGGAGGAGACGACUAGCAAGACGGUGAAAUAG